AUCAAACCCACCAACCACAACCACCACCACAACCACCAAGGUAAACCAGACAGAGCUACUACCAGGAUGCUCUCUAUAUUGAGGAAAGCCAGGUUAAAGGAUAAGGAGAUGCGAAUAUUGAUGCUUGGCCUGGACAACGCUGGAAAAACGACGAUUGUCAAACAGAUCAUGAGGGAAGAUGUCACGACCGUGAGUCCAACAUUAGGAUUUAUCAUCAAGACCAUAGACUUCGCGUGCAGAUACAGGUUGAAUAUCUGGGACGUUGGAGGCCAGAAAACACUACGAUCAUACUGGAAAAAUUACUUUGAAAAAACCGAUACUCUUGUCUGGGUUGUAGAUGCGACCGAUCGAUUAAGAGUCAAUGACUGUCGCGAGGAGCUUGCUGGUCUUCUCCUGGAGGAGCGUCUGAUGGGGGCAAGUCUUUUGGUUUUUCUGAAUAAAACCGAUGUAGAGGGGUGCAUGUCUGAAACUGAAGUUCGGGAACGGCUUUGCUUAGAUGCGAUUAAAACUCAUAAAUGGACUAUAUUGCCAUGUAGCGCAAUGACAGGCGCGAAUCUUCAUGAGGGUUUAGAUUGGAUAGUACAGGAUGCGAAGGACCGACUUUUCCUUUACUAACUGUGGUUUCUUUGUGUUAUAUAUAUAUAGGCUUACCUGUGUAGGAUGCCGGGGUUAUAAUUAACGACCUGAUGAAUUUUAGAUCGCCGGAUUUUUAUAUCUUUUGCCCUUUUGCUGGGGUAGAUUUUGGGGGGGACAUACGGAGUACAUCCUACUCCGUUACUUAUAAGGGUAAAUCAAAAGCCCACUAAGGAAGAUAGACUUUACCACUGCAAAAUUUGUACCUGUUCC